GUUUACGAAUCACUUCCGGUCCCUCUGCUGUGUCAGUUUAAAAUAACGAAUGUGAGGCUGGCGUAACGUUUCGCAGCUCAAAAACAACAACGGGCGUUGCAAACAUGGAAACAGAAAAAGUUGCAGCUGAAGUACCUGCACAGGUACCUGCACAACCACCAGCCGAAAAGGAAGAAAACAAAGAGCCCACAACAUGCACAGACCCUCACGAUGAUGUCACAGACAAUAAAAAAGAGAAGGCUGCAACUGAGGCGGAAGGUGAGUCUUCAGAAGUCAUGGAUAAUCCUGCUUGUGACUGGUUGGAGCCACUUGAAGAAGACUGUGAAGACGUUGAUGGCCAGAGCUUUGACCGGGAUGGAACAGGAGAUGCAGAACUGGAAAGCCUUGCGGGAAGUGAAUGGAGUGGGAGUGUGACUAGUCGAAGGAAUGUGGGGGAAAGAGGGGGCAGAGGUGGAGGAGCAAAACCUAGGCGGAGGAGACACUUUGAGCCAAACGAAAACUGGGAGGAUUGGCCUAUAUUAGGUCAAGGAUGGAAACGCAGACAGGUUUUCCGUCGAUCAGGCACAAGCGAAGGGCGCAGUGACACAUACUAUAUGAGUCGAAACGGUCAAAAAGUAAGAAGUAAGGUUGAGCUUUUGAAAUACGUAGACGAAUCCUUGGACCUCAGCAACUUUGAUUUCAAAUCGGGAAAGCUUGUCGAUGGUGUGCCUCGAAGAAGAAGAAAGAGAUUUGUUCCAUAUUUGAACCAAAAGGAUGCAGAUGCGACCCCCCCGAAAAGCAGUCCCCAUACAUAUCCUGUGACAGACGUCACUCCUACUGAGCCGACUGCAAAUCCAGUUGCUCCACCUUCAGGGGAGGGUCUUGUCAAUGGCAAUGGGGAAACUUCACAAUCUUCAUUUCGCGUCUGCGAGAGAUGCAAUAAAACCUUUUCAGUUGAAGAGGGACAAUCUAUAUGCCAGAGCUGCAGGAGAGAAUUGAACGCAUCAAUAGAUAGACGUCGGAAACCCAACAAAAAGUGGAUUCCAUGUGGCCGAUGUCGAGCUUGCCAGAUUACAGUGGACUGUGGCAAAUGUGUUAGUUGCAGAAAUAGCCGGCUUCAUCAUCAGCUAAAUGUCCGUUCCCGAAAAGUUAAAUGUCGCAAACGGAAGUGUUUACAUCCGAUUCGCAGGGACAAAGUAGCAAAGGGUAUUCCACAGGCAUCAAAGAAGCUCUUUUUAAACACUGCUUCCCUGGACACACCUUAUUUUAAACCACCAGGCUCAGAUUUUGAGGAAUCACAGAGCUCCUUUCUGCAGUACAGUGAUUCAGAAGAUCUGUCUCUGUUCCUUGGUAAUGAUGGUGACAGUUACAUGGAUGAGUUCGGCUUGGCAAAGGUGCGUCGAAGGUCAUGUGGAUGUUGCAGAGGUUGUAUUCGAAGAACAGACUGUGGAACCUGUGAUUUUUGCAUGGACAAACCAAAGUUUGGAGGCAGAAAUAAAAAAAGACAGAAAUGCCGCCUACGGCAGUGCCAAAGGGAGGCUAUGAAGCACUUGCUGCCCAUGGAUGAGAGUCAGACGGAGAUGUAUAUACCUCAGGACUGGGUAAUCCGAGGCAGACCAAGGACACGUGGUAGACCCCGAAGCAGAAAACAGUGGGAUUUAGAGCUCUCGGAUAAUGAGGCAGAGCAAUAUGAGAGGCCAAAGACUUCAGGUGCUGCACAUAUGGGCAAUAGGAAAGCAUUCCUUUUUCCCAGUUACAAUGGAAAGAGACCAGGUACGCAGUACAAAGAGCUUCCUGCAGCAAAAUAUGAGAAUUCAACCUUUCCACUAAGCUAUGUGGGGGAGAGUUUUAGGCCGGAGAAAAGAUCACAAACCUUUGCAAUGCUGGGACCAUAUCAAGAACAGCAGCAUGAGAGCGAAUCUUCCCCAUCGAUAACUCAGAUAUUCAGUAUGGCCGACAGCGCCACCAAAGGCAUUGAUGCUGACCACGAGCUGAUGCCGCUUCUAAAGUCUCUUCGUAGCAUGGUACUUCCUGUACUCUGGUUCUGCAUUGUGGCAGAAGGUCCAAGGUUACAGUUAAUGCAGUGCUCCAAGCGUUCUGCUAUGGCGGACACCAUUGUUAAUAUUGAACCCAGCUUCCAAUAUCACAUAAGUGUCCAGGGACAACCCCUCCUGCCCACCCACAAACUCUAUGACAUCCACCCAACUCGUCUCACCACAACAACAGAGAUUGUUGCUCUCCUUGAAGACUUGGAAAGGCACUCAGUCUGCCUGGGUUUUGAGAACAAAAAUUCCAGACCUGGACCACUGCCUGUUCUUCCCGAGCGGGCGGCGACAUGUGACUUCCUUAUUUUGCCAGAGUUGGAACGUUGUGCAAAAUGCUCUACAAAACCUCAACAUCAUGUUUAACAUGAGGAAAUUGGUCUUUAAGUUAUGCUUUUCACGUUUCUUCAGUUGUUAAACAUUUCAGUCCAAUAAACUAUCUACCUUAACAUUUAAAUGUUGACUCUACAGAUUGCAUUGACUGCCAAGUCACUUUGUUAGUUUAAUCCACAAGAAUGACAGUACAGUGUGAUGCACGUUACCUCUUUUAAUUCUCACUCUCUUUCCCUUUAUUUAAUGUUAACUAGUCACCACCAAAUAUACUGAUCUUUUUUUUUUGGCCAAGAGUAGGUCACAAAUAUCUUUCAUUCACAGUUAUGUCAGAGGAAUUUUGAAAAAUAAAAUGAGACUUUUGAAAGCAAUGUAUGAACAAGUUUUAUGAUUUAACAUUUAUCUGUAACAUAAAAUUUUCACACAAGUUAUAUCUACACAUGUUCAUACUGAAAAUAAUUAUGUGCUUCUCAGGGGGGAUUUUUCAGAAUGCAUAAAUAUCAUGGAAGAUCCAUAUUUGAUAAAAAGUUUCAUAUUUGCUAUAUGACAUGGUGUGAGGCUGCUUUCUGUUUUGAAUAGACAAUUUUGUAUAUAGCCUUCUGCAAAAACAAUGGCUUAGAUGAACUAUAGUAAUUUUUUUUUAUAAUUAUGUUUUUGUUUUCUCUGUUAAAAAACACUUUGAAUGAUCUUUGUAUGUGCUUUCAUAUGAUGAAUCUGGAUUCUGUUUAUUUAAUAAAUCAAUUGGUUGACA